UAAGGAAGAUCAUAUUAUCAGAUUGAUAAUCAAUUUCCCUUUUAUUUAGCACGUUCAAUACACAAUGUUGUUCUUUGUCGAGGAAACGUGUCGUUUCUAGUGUAAAAAACAUCGAUAUUGGUGGGAGGAAUCCAACUAGUGCACACACCUUAGAGCGUUGGCCACCGUACCGGUUAGGCCUCGGCUUAUUCAAGGCUGUUUUGUUUGUCUAUUUCCCAUCGUUGCCUGUGUGUUUUGUUUCAUUCCUUAUUAAUCGGUUUCUCAUAUAAAUACAAGAGUGUACAUUAUUAUAGGCGUGUUCGCAAUUUAUAGGAAAGUAUUGGUUUUGACUGUGAGUUAUCGGUUUCGGAAAAAAAUUGUCGACCGGGAGGUUCAACUGACGGAACAGCGAGGUAUUUUGCGGCCAAACGGGGUCUAGGCCUAGUCCUUUCCCUCACACGCUCAACGCAAAGCUGUUUGCGGACGGAAGACGCAAGAGCGCGCUGCGGUGCCUCAAAGCCGCCGCACGUGAAAUGGAUUACACUUGGUGCAUGGUUCGGCGUUUUGUUUGAUAUAAAGUAUUAUAUCUUUUCUAUUUCAAAGUGAUACACUGUUCUGUAUCAAUGAGUGUGCUUCAUGGAAGACUUUACCACCCAUGUGAACCCCGACGUGAAGCGGGUCGUCCAAAGCUUCCAAACUGCUGCUAUUCGUAGCUUGAGCGGACCUAACGGGGUGCCUCUUCGGACUGUAGGUGUCCUUGGCCACCUAUCGAAAAUGAGUGCCGCUGAUGUUGAAGAAUAUCAUAAGGCCUUGACUGCCACAAAGAAAUUAGCUGAUGAGAAGAACGUUGAAUAUGACAGUCCUUUUCAUGCUCCCCCGCCAUUUCCAAUUCAGCAGAUGCCAGUUUUUACCCCCGUUGACACAACGCGAAGUGAAAGAUCUGAUACGAUUUUAGAAGGAGAGACCAUCGCUUGCUUUACGGUUGGUGGAGAAAAACGCCUGUGUUUACCCCAAAUUCUGAAUUCAGUGCUUCGAGAUUUCAGUUUGCCGCAGAUAAAUGCUGUGUGUGAUGAACUGCAUAUCUUUUGUUCAAGAUGCAAUCUAAUUCAAUUGGAUACUUUGAAGCUUCUGAACAUACUCCCAUCCACUGCGCCAAGUUGUGGACUCAUUACUAAAACAGAUGCGGAGAGACUCUGCAACGCUCUUUUACAUGGAAAUCCAGAGAGAAGUUUAGAGCCACCGUCUCGAAAUAGUUUCAAAGUUUAUCAUGAGUGUUUUGGGAAGUGUAAAGGAAUGUUCAACCCAGAUGCAUACACAAGCCCAGAUUCAAAAUGUAUUCGUUGUGUGGAUUGUUGUGGUAUGUUCAGUCCAUCGAAGUUUGUGUGCCACUCUCACAAAUCGUUGGAAAAUCGCACUUGUCAUUGGGGGUUUGAUUCUGCAAACUGGAGAUCCUACUUACUGCUUGCAAAAGACCAGAACUUGAAUGACAGUGGAAGACUGCAAGAUGCCAUUGAGGAAAUCAAGACACGAUUUGAUCCUUCUCAAAAGCAAAAGCGCAGACAG